AUGACAUGUAGUCGAACCACAAGGGACGAAGGGGAGGACUCCACAACCUGUCAAAAAGGUCUUGUUGAAACCACGGCGGGGCUUCAGAAAAAGGUACAGAAGAGGCUUGAAGAGGGUGUAGGGCGACGAAACGGAGCCGGUGCCGACUCCGACGACGGGAAGCCCGACAGCCAUGGAACGGGCGACGGAGCCCUCAGGGGGGCCUAUUNGGUGAUUACCUUUCUAAAGAAAAAGGAAGGCUUCAUAGGUCUGGUGCUGAAACACAUUGACGCCUCUGCCAUGAUGGACCUGCUGCUUCGCCUCAUCAGCUGUGUGGAGCCCGCCCCCUUGAGACAGGAAGUCCUCCAUUGGCUGAAUGAGGAGAAGUUGGUACAAAGACUCACCGAGCUCAUCCACACUGGCAACGAUGAGGAAAGACAAUCAAAUGCAUCCCAAACGCUUUGUGACAUCAUCCGCCUUAGUCGAGACCAGGCCAAUCAGAUGCAGGAGAAUAUGGAGCCAGACCCACUAUUGGCUGUUCUAGAGUCGCAGGACAGUGUAGCCGGGCUCCUCAAGAACAUGUUUGAGGGCGAGAGGAGUGAGGCCUCCUUUGUUAACGGAACUCAAGUGCUACUUACUCUACUGGAGACCAGGAGGUCUGGGUUGGAAGGGCUGAGUGGAUCUGUUAUUCUCGAGGGUUAUGGAAAGGUCCACCAGAACGGCGCAGAAGGCUCCAGAGGGAGGACGGGGAGUCUCAACCACCAAAAGCCCCGAAAGUGCACAACCAAGACCUCUUCGGCCCCCGAACCCAGCGAGGAAGACUCUCUCUCUACCAAGUCCUACCGGCGGGUUGUGUUGUUCGAAGAUCCCAAGAGGCAAGAACGACGUCUGGUGACAUCGCACACGCCCCCUCAGUGGGGGCAACCCUCUGAUACUGGGGGUCCCCAAAGCAUCUGCGGGAGGGGAAUCCACUGGGGCGGCGUGACCUCCUACUCACAGGUGUUCCACAGAUGA